GCCAGCUCAGCCAGGCAAGGCCGGGAGGGAGUGGGACAGAUUCUGGGAGGAGUCCUGGCUGGGCUGUGCAGGGAGCUGCUUGGCUGUCAGUACCCAGAGCACAGGCCCCAGAGCCCUGCUGGAAGAGGUGGACGGAGGAGGCAGCUCCCAGGCCUGGAGAGGAGCUGAGGGCAGUGAGAUGGCUGACUGCUACACAGAGCUGGAGAAGGCAGUUGUUGUCCUGGUGGAAAACUUCUACAAAUAUGUAUCUAAGCACAGCCUGGUCAAAAACAAGAUCAGCAAAAGCAGCUUCCGCAAGAUGCUCCAGAGAGAGCUGAACCAUAUGUUAACGGAUACAGGGAACCGAAAGGCUGCUGACAAGCUCAUCCAGAACCUAGAUGCCAACCGUGACGGGCGCAUCAGCUUUGACGAGUACUGGACGUUGAUAGGUGGCAUCACCAGCCCCAUGGCCAACCUCAUCCGCCAGCAGGAGUGCCAGCAGGAGUCGCAGAGCAGCAGCUAGAGGCCUCUCUCACACCCUUUCUGCCCUGACCCAUGCCCGGCCAGUGCUCUUCUCGGGCCCCCCUCACCUCUUUCUUCCCUUCUCCCUCCUGACCUGUUCCUAACCCCACAGAACAGCACAAGGGAUAUCAGGGCCUCUCUGUAAGUG